UCUGGUGAUAUAAAUACCAGAAAGAAAUGACCCCUCUCUCUCUCUCUCUCUCUCUCUCUCUAGAAGUAGGACAGGCUCACAUGAGCAUGAGUCAAGGGGGCCUACGUAUAAAAGGCAUAUUGGGUACAAGCCUCUUCUCUCUCUAUUUCCCUUUCCAACGAAAGGAGGAGUUGAGAAUCAACCCAGGAAGUUUCCAGGGGCCAUUAGCCCAUUACAAAGUCAGAAAGGUCAAUGGCGUUGCAGAGUCACACUGCGUAGAGAGAGAAAGAGAAACUCAUAUUGCUGGAAGGAUUCUAGAGAGAGAGGGGAAAAGACCAGUCUUGUUCGAAAGGAUCAGUUGGGGAAAGGCGUUCCAAAGACUAGAGAGAGAAAGAGAGAGACCCAUCUGACGCAAAAGCCUGGCUAGAACCUCUAUAGAGAUAGAGAGAGAAAGAAACCCAUCUUCUGCAAACACUUGCAUAGAGAUAGAGAGAGAAAGAAACCCAUAUUCUGCAAACACCUCUCUAAAGAUAGAGAGAGAAAGAAAUCCAUCUUCUGGAAACACCUCUAUAAAGAUAGAGAGAGAAAGGAAUCCAUCUUCUGCAAACACCUCUAUAGAGAUAGAGAGAGAGAGAGAAACCCAUCUUCUUUCUGCAAAGACCUCCAUAGAGAUAGAGAGAGAGAGAGACACCGGUCUUGUGCAAAAGUCUCUAAAUAGUCCUCACUUCAAAGUCGGCUUGGGUUUGGAGCCAUAACAGUCCAGUCAAGACCCCAGUCCAUUAUAAACCUAACCCUCUGUCUCUAUUCCUCUCCCUUCUUCCUAGCCAGCUUUCCUCUUCAUUUCCUCUUCCGCGAAGAGUCACGCUCACCAUAUUCUCGCUCAUCCUCAAUCUAUCUCCUCCCUUUAAAAACCCAACCUUCCUAACCCAAAUUGGACGAUCAACCCACCCCACCCCACCCCCUUCCAUGGAUCUUGAAGAUGAAAGCCGCCUCUCACUUGAUCGCGAGCACAUGUUUGACAAAGUUGUGACCCCGAGUGAUGUCGGGAAGCUCAACCGCCUGGUGAUCCCCAAGCAGCAUGCCGAGAAGCACUUCCCUUUGGGCCAAGCAGCCAGCGACAAGGGCCUCCUCCUCUCCUUUGAGGACAACACCACCGGCAAGCCCUGGAGCUUUCGCUACUCAUAUUGGAACAGCAGCCAAAGCUAUGUCAUGACCAAAGGUUGGAGCCGGUUUGUCAAGGACAAGCAUCUCGAUGCUGGUGAUGUUGUAUCCUUCUUACGCGGGACUGGACCGCAUGGACGUGACCGGCUCUACAUCGCGUGCGCUAGGAGGCCACCAGCGGCUCCACCGAUGCUCCCAGUGGUGGCAGCCCAUGCCCCCCCGCCAGUUUUUUGGCCAUCGGCAGCAUAUGUGUCCCCACAAAUGUUAUACUUGAGGGCAGGUGUGCAAGCAUUGGAGCCGGUGGUUAGGGCGCAGGAGCGAAAGCGGGUGAGGCUGUUCGGGGUGAAUUUAGAGUGCCCGCAAGCACCAGAGGGUGAAAGUGGUGGUGGCAGUGACAGGACGGUGUUGGCAAGAUGGUCAGCAGUUGCGGCAGCAGCGGAGGUGGUGCAGGGGCCUCGGCCUGUGCCAGGGCCAUGAUCUCCUUCAAUAUGGAUGGCUAAUGGGGGUGGAUGUCUGCAAGUGUCUCUCUUCUUCUUCCUUGCUUUGUGUACAUUUUCCAUACCCUAGAUUGAUAAAUAGCUUUCUCAAUGGAGUAUGCUUCAUCUUCAUCAAUCCUGAUUUCUAUACCUUUCUCAAUGCAAUACGGCGCUUCUUAUUAAGGGGUGUUGUGUCAAUGUUAGGGGUGUUGUGUCAAUGGGUGAAUUGGUUCAGCUGUGACUGACUUUCCCUUACACACACAUGCAAAUUUUUAAAACACACACUUGUGGGAUUCUAUACCUUAAUAAUUCCAUUUGCCGUAUCUUCAACACUUUCUUGUGAGAUGAUGCAGAUUCAAGGGAGAUUUAGGGUUUCUUGAAAUCGUUUUUACAGUACUAUGAGGGUAACUCUCUCUCUGACACCCACAAACGCACUUCGUGUACAAUUUUCAAAACCUAGUUUGCUCUAUACCAUUCUCGAUCCAGUAUAAUUCAUCAUGGCUAAUACUAGUGACCAAACCCUAAUCAAUCCCAUUCAUGCAUAGUUCUGGUGGGCUAAUCCUAUUCCAAGUCUCUCUCGCCCCCCAAUUUUGUGGAUCCUAGAUUUCUUCACCAUCUCAAUCCAACGCAAUUACUCGUGAUUAUAAUGCUAAUCUAGUGAUUAAUUUGGGGAUUAUGUGUACAUGGAUCGAAAGCGUGGUCUGCUUUUGAUCACAGCCUUGGCCCUCACACCAAAGACUAUUACCACAGCUUCUUUAAUGCCGUUUUUGAUGCUUAAUGCUUCUAUACCUUUGAUAUUUGGAAUUUUAUAUGUAAAUGAAACCCGAAUUCAUUGCUUGUUAAAAAAAAAAAAAAUGUGAUUUCCAUUUUGUUGGGGUGUCCUCCUGUAAUUGUUGUGCUGGAUGCAUACAGCUUUGACGGCUAGCGAGUGCAAGAGAAAGGGAUUGUUUGUUUAAGGUAUGCUAAUAUCUGGAGAAAGGGAUGUAUCAUCCAUCCAAGUUUGUAUCAUCAACUCAUUUAUCAGCUUAAACAUAUUCCACUUGU